UCAGCUGCGUGGCCGAGGCAGCGCGAGGAGCGGUAACUCCGUUUGAUCUCUGACAGUAGCCGGAAUACAACACCGUCCACUUCCGGUCUCAUAUGCAACCUCCAAAGCCGGGACGGUGCCGCGUCUCCCCCGCCGAGUUCAAUGGCUAGAAAGACGGACGUCCCCUCCUCUUACUAUGGUGAGCCACGGAAGUUUGACCCAACUUUCAGAGGACCGGUCCAUAACAGGAGCUGUACGGAUGUGGUCUGCUGCAUCAUCUUCGUGGUCGUCAUUCUCGGGUACAUCGCUCUGGGUACCGUGGCCUGGAUCCACGGUGACCCCCGGAAGGUGGUCUACCCCACAGACAGCCACGGCCAGUUCUGCGGUCAGCAGGGCACCCCAAACUCAAACAAAGCCAUAUUAUUCUACUUCAACAUAUUGCAAUGUGCCAAUCCUGCAGUUUUAAUUAACCUCCAGUGCCCUACAACCCAGCUCUGCGUCUCCAAGUGCCCCGACAGAUUUGCCACGUACCUGGACAUGCAAUACAACUACAGGUACAACAAAAGCUACUGGGAAUACUACAAGCAGUUCUGCAAGCCGGGCUUCGACAAUCCCAAAAAGCCAGUUGCACAGGUCUUACGAGAUGAAGACUGCCCAUCCAUGAUCGUGCCAAGCAGACCUUUCCUCCAGCGGUGCUUCCCAGAUUUCAUAACGAGGAACGGUACUCUAACUGUCGCCAAUCAGACCAUCUUUAAAGACGGCGUAGGUAAAACCAGGAGCGUCGUCGACCUCAGAGAUGCAGCCAAUGGGAUCACUAGUCUGCUGGAUGCCAAAGAAGUUGGCAUGAAGAUCUUCGAAGAUUAUGCCAGUUCCUGGUACUGGAUUCUCAUUGGGCUGGUGAUAACCAUGGUGGUCAGUCUAGUCUUCAUCCUGCUGCUGCGGUUCACCGCCGGCGUGCUGCUGUGGCUCAUCAUCUUUGGAGUCAUUAUUGCCGUGGGCUACGGUAUCUGGCACUGUUACUGGGAGUUUAGUACACUGAGAGGAAAACCGGAUGCUGACGUCACCAUAUCAGACAUCGGUUUCCAGACGGACUUCAGGGUUUACCUCCAGCUCAGCCAGACUUGGCUGGUCUUCAUGAUCUCUCUGUCUGUGAUUGAGGUCAUCAUUGUGGUCAUUCUGAUAUUCCUGAGGCGGAGGGUACGCAUCGCUAUUGCAUUACUCAAGGAGGGAAGCAGGGCCAUUGGCUACAUCAUGUCCACUCUCUUCUAUCCAAUUAUCACCUUUUGCCUGCUGGCCAUCUGCAUAGCCUACUGGGCCGUCACCGCGGUUUUCUUGGCGUCCUCCGGUGAUGCGGUCUACAAGGUCAUGUCUACGCAGCCAAACUGCAUGUAUGCCAACAUCACCUGUGAUCCAGAGACCUUCAGUCAGAGCAACGUCACCAAGGUGUGCCCGGGGUCUCAGUGCACGUUUGCUUUCUACGGCGGCGAGAGCCUCUACCACCGCUACAUCUUCGUCCUCCAACUGUGUAACCUGUUGGUUUUCCUGUGGCUCGUCAACUUCACCAUCGCCCUGGGUCAGUGCACGCUGGCUGGCGCCUUCGCUUCCUACUACUGGGCCCUGAAGAAGCCUGCCGACAUCCCCGCCUGCCCCCUCUUCUCCUCUUUCAGCAGAGCCAUACGGUUUCAUACAGGUUCCCUGGCCUUCGGUGCUCUGAUCCUGGCUAUGGUGCAGUUCUUUAGAAUUGUAUUAGAGUACCUAGACCACAAACUCAAAGGUGCUCACAAUGCAUUUGUUCGAUUUCUGCUUUGCUGCCUCAAGUGCUGCUUCUGGUGCUUGGAGCAUUUCAUCAAGUUCAUGAACAGGAAUGCAUACAUCAUGAUAGCAAUAUAUGGGAAGAACUUCUGCACCUCAGCCAAGGAUGCGUUCUUCCUCUUGAUGCGAAAUGUUGUGAGGGUGGCUGUUUUGGACAAGGUGACAGACUUUCUGCUCUUCUUGGGAAAACUGCUUAUUUCAGGGAGUGUUGGCGUGCUUGCAUUUUUCUUCUUCACUCGUAAGAUACCAGUCAUUCAAGAGGAGGUGCCAUCCCUGAACUACUACUGGGUCCCCCUACUGACGGUGAUAUUUGGAUCCUACCUAAUAGCACAUGGCUUUUUUAACGUCUACGCCAUGUGUGUGGAUACGUUGUUCCUUUGCUUCUUGGUGGAUCUGGAGACGAACAGCGGCUCCUUCGCCCGGCCUUACUACAUGAGCAGCUCAUUGAGGCGCAUUCUGAACAAGAAAAACAGCAAGAGGAAGAAGAGGCGGUAGAUUUCAGAAACCAAGCCAGACGAGGGAAGGCGUUCGAUGGAGGACGAGUUACCAAAGCGGGGUACGGACGUGUGUUGGCAGAAGCAAAAUGCCACUUCCUCUGUGAAAGAACUCUUUGCAACAAACCAUAAGUAUUCUGUGUAGCCAAAGUGCAUAUAACUGACUCAAAUGAGCUGCUUUACUCUUGUUUAUACUCACCUUUUCAUGAAUUCUCACCCUUCUGAUGCACUUUUAAACUCCUCUAGAGUCCCAGCCUUUGUCAUUCGACGAUGUGCAUAACAACGUCAAAGCAAAGGAGGCGAGACAAAUUCAAAUGAGAAAGGUUAGGGACACACAGCCGAGCUCUGCUAGUGUCGAACACCCUCCGUCAGUAUUGUUUGCCGCUGUCGCUGUGUAGUUUGCUGAGGGGGGCGAGCCGAGCUCUUGAGGAGCAGAGCAUCGAACAGACGCAGCCUACCUGGCACCUGCAGUUUUCGAAUGCACAUAUCUGGAGAGGAGGGUGUCAUUCACUUUCUCCCUGUCAUAUUAACUAAUUCUGUAAUGCUUCAAGAAAACCAUUGCAUUACACAUAGCAACUUUAACCUCUGCAGGGCAAAUGCAUACUCACUGUCACUGCAUUUAAUUUUUUUUUUCAUUGUCCCGUGCUGUAUUGCUUAUAAUUGUUUUUGUUUUUAUUUAUGUGUUUAUGUAAAGCGUUUUGAGUGGCUGUUGCGGCUAGAAAAGCGCUAUAUAAAAUGCACCUUGAUUGAUUGAUUGAUUGAUUGUCAACAAUCGGGCUUUUGGUACUGAGGUGUAAUUGCCAAAUACGACCACGUGGUGUCGCCACAUAUCACCCGAGGUCUUUUUUUAAAAAAAAUUUAGAUUUUUUUUUUAUUGUGGGGGGGCAUUUUCUGCCUUUAUUUGACAGUCAAGUCAAGUCAGUGUUAUUUGUAUAGCCCAAUAUCACACAUUUGCCUCAAGUUGCUUUACAGCAACACAACAUCCCGUCGUUAGACCCUCGUAUCGGAUAAGGAGCAACUCCCUAAAAAAAAAACCCUUUAACAGGGAGAAAAAAUGGGAAGAACCCUCAGGGAGAGAGGAGAGCAACAGAGGAGGGAUCUCUCUCAAUUUACAGAAUACAACAAUGAUAGUUGAGAGACACAGGGGAGGGCGUGCAGCAAAGGGCCCGGGCCGGAUUUGAACCCAGGCCACUCCGGUAAGGACUCAGCCUUAUGUGGUACAUGCUGUACCAGGUGAGCCACCGGGGUGCCCCACCCGAGGUCUUUUCACCAACGUCUUGACGCAUAGUCAAUAAUCCAGGUGUAGAAAGCCCCGAAAGUUGAAUCCGUCUUGUCAUUAACUGGACGAGGACAUGAAUGCACCGCUGAUUAAAUGAGUUUCAGGGUAAAAAAACAAGUCAAAGUGUAGGUCACCCAUGCACUGUGAUUACGGCCCCCGGCCCCGGGUCGUCUCACAUUGAGAAACAUAUUCGUCACACGGUGUCCACCCCUCUAAUUUCCCAUUGCACCGUCAAGUAUGUAAUAGCACGGCAAUCAAAGUGCUUCAUUUCCAAAGUGCCUGUCACUUAGCAUUAGCUGGGGGGCCUGGCCGCGUCUCACAGCUGCGUUGCUUUACUUUGGAUUUACAGAUGGCGUGUUGACCUCAUUGUGAAAGCCCAGCAAAGCUUCCAAAUUGCUUUUCGGUCACACACACACAAAAAAAAAAGAUUGUUGUUUUUUUUUUAAACGUAAGGUGACGCGAUCACAUGUGGGGAGGGUGUCCAACCUUAAAACCUGCAGAUGGUCUCCCCGUAUCAUACAGGGAUUUUGUGCUUUCUAUGUUUAGGAAACAUCAUAUCAGUAAUAAUAAUAAUAAUGAUGAUGAUGAUACGAGUUGUUUUUGGGGGGGGGGGGGUCAGGCCUUUCAAAACAAGUUUUACAAAGUGAGUUGAAAAUGACAUUAAACUUAAAAAGCUAAAACGGGGACUAAAUAGAAAUACGAGAUGGGACAGGCACAAAAGAGAGAAUAAGCUGAUAGGCUGGGCAGAGUAAAGGCCUUGAGGUGGGGUUAGCUUGCUGUCUGGGUUAGCUUGCUGUCUGGGUUAGCUUGCUGUCUGGGUUAGCUUACUGUCUGGGUUAGCUUGCUUUCUGGGUUAGCUUGCUGUCUGGGUUGGCUUGCUGACUGGGUUAGCUUGCUGUCUGGGUUAGCUUGC